AUGUUUGCGAUGGGGCACAGUACUGCACCAGAAUCACCGAAGUGUGUGGAAGGUCUGCAUAAUAAAGCCUUCAUCUUGAAGAUGGAUAAUGGGUCAGAGGUCUUCGCAAAACUCCCGAAUCCCAACGCAGGACCUGCACAUUUUUCCGUUGCUUCUGAGGUCGCCACACGUGAGCUGCUUCGUGAUUUAUUCAAUAUUCCUGUUCCUCGGGUGUUGUCUUGGUCGUCCGAUGCAGCGAACAAUCCAGUCGGGGCCGAAUAUAUCAUUGAGGAGAAAGCUCCUGGUGUACGACUGGGUUCUGUCUGGAAUGGGUGGCCUCGGCACUUCAAGUUUCAACUAAUAAGCCAAGUUGUUGAAAUGGAGAACAAGUUGACCGCCGUCACCUUUGACAAGCACGGUUGCAUUUAUUUCAAGGAAGACUUGCGCUCACUUGUCGGAGAAUCAGAAGCGAUUCAUACACAGAGUGCUGGAUCCGACGUCCUUGAACGAUUCUCCAUCGGGCCGUUGACUACGAACGAACUGUGGACUGGGAGUAGGAGGGAAAUGAGGUUGGAUCGUGGCCCUUGGAAAGAUGCGUCCGAAUACACCAGUGCGAUCGGCCGCAAUGAGAUGAUGUGGAUCAAGACAUAUGCUGUUCCUCGAAUGAACUAUUACGGGUCGACCCAGAACCGAGAACUUCCCGAAGAUGGUAUCUCACUCUUGGAGAAGUAUAUGAAGGUUUCCUCUUAUGGGGUUCUUCUUGAUGAAGACCUCUCGCUGCUUGUAGCUGUCCUCGCGCAUCUUGAUCUCCGACGGGGAGAGCUUCUUGUACAGCGGCGAGUUGGAGGAUUCGAAGCUCAACUCACGGCUGUCAAGGAGCGCCUCGAAGCUGCGAAGCAAGGAUCCACCCGCGGGCUACCGAGCAUGGAUGGGAAUGCGAGUUUCAGCUUCGGUGGGUCGCGUAUCGCGAAGCCGCUACGUGGCGGUGGCGACGGACCGGCGAACGCGAACGUCGCGGGUGUACAAUCGCAGGAAGCGACGGGGAAACGCAGCAGUUGGUUUUUUGAUCGAUAA